CGUCAAUACCACCGUCCUCUUCUUCAUCGAACAUGACUGCUUCUAGUCUGUUAUUUAGCCUGCAAAGACGUUAGAUUCCACUACACUACACUACACUCACCAAAAUCUUAGAGUUCUGCAGAGGAGAAUCCCGUCUCACAGUCUACCAUCCACUGUCCACAACUUCUAUCCAGGCUCCUCCAUCCACCUCAACUAAGGAGCCAGAGCCAUCUCCUGUAGCGGCCAGCGACUCAAAACAUACGUCUCAAGCAGCAUCAUCGUCGACCUCGUCUUCAACAUCCUUAGCUGAUCCGCCCGACUUCGACGGACCAGAUAUGAAUUAUCAGAAAUGGGAAACGAACGACAUGACGUACGAGCUUACCCCGGAAAACUUCCAAAAAACUUCGCGACUUAAGUGGAUCUUUACUAGAAAUGACGGCAUGCAGGUUGAAUGGUUCAGAUCAUUGUAAAAUAUUCCCAGUUUCGUUUUCCCGUAAGACCACGUUGUGCUAAUUAUUCUUUGUUCAGGAACCAUGAACGCAUUGCCAACGAAGUCAGAGCCUUGCAGCUAGUCUUGAAGGAUACAACAAUACCCGUACCAAAACUAAUUGCCCAUGGAGCUUAUUCCGAUGGCCGACGAUAUUUGGUUACAGAGCGUAUCGAUGGCGUUACUCUGAAUCGACUUCUUGGUACAAGGGAUGAAAGCGACGCUUACACGAAUGCCCUCUGCUUUAUAAACGACAUAGUUUUACCCCAGCUUGAGAAGCUGAAGUCUAAAGAACGGGGCAUUGAUGGAUUUGUCAUGCCGCCUUCUUGGCUGAGUCCUGACCUCCAGCCACCGUGGAAAGGUAAAACAACUUGGAAAACUCUUCCACUGAAUGAGCCAGGAUAUGUGUUUCAACAUGGGGAUCUUGCGGCUCACAACAUCAUCAUGGACCCAAAGUCUCUUCAAGUCAAGGCCUUGAUUGAUUGGGAAUAUGCUGGCUUUUUCCCACCGAUGAUGCAGAGAUGGCCUGGGACGCUGGAUAAAACUCUUUACGAUAACCGUGGUGAUAACGUAGCUGGCGCUAUAUCGGAAUUUCUUGCUGAUGAGUAUCUGGAAUGUUACAAUAGGUGGGAAAACAAGGCAGAAUUGGAUGACCUGAUCCAAGCAGGAAUGCUUCCAGAUCCCUCAUUUUGCAAAAAGCAAGAAUAGGUCUAAAUAAGG